CAAUCAUAUACGAAGUACGGAGGCUCUCCUCAACUCUGGGAAACAGGAAGUGACGAAGUUCCGAGGCCGAGGGUUUUGUAUUAUUCUUUUUGUUAUUCUUUCUUCUCCCAAAGACUGGCACUUUCGCAGAACAUGUUAUGACAAGAUAAGUGAAGGGCCGGACUCUCAACACACAGUCGCCAUCACACACCUACGGUAGUAUAUACCGGAAGCGAAGGCGACACAAACACAAGCACAGGCAGCAUGACGGACGUACUCGCUGCGCUGAAUCAAUUGGAGGAGGGACAUCACACCAAGAGGAAGGGCAGACUCUCGAGCGUCGAGGAGAACACGAGAAGGAACGCGAGGAUCAACAAUGCUGCGUAUGUGUGAACUACACUCUCUUAAAGCUGUGUUUUUGCUAAUACCUCUCUCCAGCGCCGCCCCCAAACGAAAUGCCUCCAUCCACUCAGUCCGAUCGACGAAAUCAACGACAGCAGGCGGAAAACGGCCGCCUGCUCCUCUCCAGCGCCCAAUAUCUUUCCCCAGUCAACUAGACCGAGGGCCUCUACAAAUACAACAAACACCUAGUCGUCCAACUUCCGCCUAUUCGCCCUCUUUGCGCAAGAUCUCCUUUGCAAAUGAACUCCCGCGCCCCGUCCUCCCGCGCAUGCGCAUUCCUACCAAGACUGACGCUCUACCGUCCGGCUUUCCAUACGACACGCGACUCUUCAAGUUCGGUGUCACGCAAGAAGAAUGGAACGAUUUCAGCUCCUGCAUCAUCGAAGCCGCAGACGUGCCAACCAUCACACACGUUCCUAUCUUGGCAUGGACAUGGAGCUUUCACAAGAGCAAAGUAAUCAAGGGAGCCAAGAAGCAGAUGCUCUACGAAAGUAGUAAAUUGAUGAGAGAGAUCAAGAGAUGGAAUAAACUUUUCCGCCGCCAGGGAUUUCAAGUUACGUUGGAGUUGCCGGGCCAAAAUACCAAGAUGGGUGAUGGGUGGGAGACGGAAGAAGAAAAGAAGCAGCUGAGAUUGAUCGCGAAACGGUUUAGAGUUCUCAUUACGCCGAAUGCUGAAAAGGGCGCACGCCCUGUCUCAAUCUAUUCCAGAAAUUCGAGUUUGACGAAGGCGAUUUCUGGAGAGGGAGCUGCAACAACUAUUACAAGAGUUCCUACCAUUGAAAUUUCGACCGCCGAAGCCGACGAGGAAGACGAUGGGGAUGAAAACGGGGCAGAAGGUGAUGGAUCCGGCGAGGAGAAGGAUUCCAAGGGCAAUGAAUUUUCGGACUUUGAGUAUUCGGCCCCAGAGCAGGGAGAGGAAAAUGGUAACCUUUCUCCUGCCAACACCUCCCCUCCAAAUCUCUCUCCUACACCAACCCAUUCACAACAGGAACGGCCCCAUUCGCCACAGCCAGCAGCGAAAAAGAAAAAGGCGAGUUUUGCGGAACCACUGCCACCGGAUAAUAAUGCAGGAAUUCCAUUCGUCGUGCAGCAAAUGCUUGCCCGAGCUGCUGCCCAGAAGGAGAAGGAGAUGAACGGAUUUUAAUCCUCUACAAAAGCAUCGCCUUAGAACGAAGGAGUAAUAUUAAUGAGUGUGAGUGUCCCCAUGGCAAGAUCCAAUUGGGUACAUCGUAGGGAUGGCGCACAACUCGUUUAUCAUUAGCGUUGCUCCCUCGUCCUUAGUGUCGAUGAUGAUUUCUUAUGUCGAUCAUAUCAUAUUCUCUACCGGCGUUUGGCGGGUUAUUGUUUAACAAGUUCGCGCAUUUGCUUCGUAGCCGAUCCUCGGCUGCAUGAUGCGGUUUUUACGGCCUCAUUGUAUAAUAUUUUUGCUUAUUUGCGAUGUUUAUAUGGUUUGGAGUUUUAUCCAGACAGGGCAUGCAUUGAGAGGCUGGAGUCUUUUCAGUUGCUCACUUGUUAAAUUUGAAUUUUGUGUUUUUAGCUAGCCAGCAUAUCUGUUUUUUUUGUUUAGAAGGUGGGAAGGCCCUUCUUGAAUAUUCUUUCUGUAUCGAGUAGCGAUGGAGGAAUGAGGCCUCUGGUGGUAUUAUAUAUAAAUAACAAUUUUUCUACUCAUUAUAU